AAAGAUAUUUCACCCUCUACACUACAGGUUUCAGCUCAGUGGAACUGCUUGACAAGAAAAUGUAUUUAGAAAUAAAAGUGUAUUUUGUUUCUCCCCCACGUGUGUGAUGAGAUGAUCAGCGUGUGCUCAGUCAAAGUCAUUGAUUCCAGCAUCAGGCAGCAGAUCUGCUCUCUCUACAGGGUCACCACUUUCCCAGAUUCACACAGAGCUCUCUGAGUCUCUCUCCAUCACCCCCCCAGUCCUCCACCUGUUCCCCUGAGAUCUAACUAUUAUCCCCAGGGCAAUGUAACACCAUUCAGCAUGUUGCCGCUCCACAUGUCCUGCUGUCUUACCGAGCUCUCUGAUCGGCUGAGAGUGUGAGAAACUUCAGCCAGACCAAGACCCACACAUUCAUAUGGAGAUGUGGGACUAUAAAUAGGAGGGAUGAAGCCAGCAGAGAUCAGACUCUCUCUACAGAGACCUCUACAGCACACACAUCCAGACAUGGCACCUACAAUCACUGCAGCAAUGACCAACUCUCAGGAGCAUCUGACUCACAAGCUCAGAAAGCCUCUGGUGGAGAAGUUACGCAGAGAGCGAAUCAACAGCAGCAUUGAGCAGCUCAAGUCUCUCCUGGGUCCAGAGUUCCUCAAACAGCAGCCAGAUUCCAAGCUGGAGAAAGCAGACAUCCUGGAGAUGACAGUUUGCUUCCUGACACAGCUGCAGCAGCAGAGUCAACAGCAGAGAAGACUGCUGAACCACUUCAACAGGCUGCAGUCCUCCUCUGAUAAGAACCUGAGAGAGGCUGACUUCUCUCCUCUGAGCUCCUCAGUCCAGACCAGCAUCACCAAAGACAAGAGUCCAGUCAACAGCACCCUCUGGAGGCCAUGGUAGACACCUACAGACUGGAGUCACUACCAGACAAACUGAGAUGACCAUGUUGGUCAAAGAUUACUGAACUGAAUUCUAUGAAAUUGAAGGACUUGUUCUUCUGUAUAAACAGAAGGUUGUAUUUUCUGUGUUUUUCCUGAGGAAAUGACACAACACUAUCUUUCAAGUUAAGAAAGAAAACAUCUUGUCAUGCAUGAUGCAUGAAUCAAAUCUGAUUGCAUUAGCAAUUAUUAUUAUACCUCACUGUACUUCAUGUGUUGGUAGUGGAUAAAUCUAUGGUAACAUCUGUCAUCUUUUGGUUGGUAUUGAUCAUUAUGAUGAAAUAUCUAAAUGUCCUUUAUUAUGGACAUAUUGUCAUAAUGGACUUUACGUCACUUUAAUCUCUGUGAUUAUUUAAAACUGAUCUGUUGUAAGAUCCAAAUGUUUAUGCUUUUUUUUUUUUUAAGUUUUACUAAAUGUCACAGUUUCUCUGUGUUACUUUUAUGCUUCACUGUGCAUCAUGUUUUGGUUAAACAUGAUGCAAUAGUGAGUUUUGUUACAGCUUGAAUAGUAUUGAUCAUUUUGAUCAGACAUUUUAAUUGUCCUUUUUAUGGACAUCUUGUCAUAAUGGACUUUCUGUCACUUUAUAUGAUUAUUGAAAACUGAUCUGUUUUAAGAUCAAUAUGUUUAUCCUUUUACUGUAAAAGGUUUGUUUAAUGUCACACUGUCACAGUUUUAAGUGACAAUGUAAGUUUUACAUUUUGAGAAUUAACUGAAUGUUGUGGUUAUGAAGAAUGUGACCUGUUGUAAGGUCAGUUUUACUGUUUUUUGUUCAGUAAUUGCAAAUGUUUGAUCCAUGGAUAAAAACUCUCAAAGGACAGUGAGGACUGUGUCCUCAAAUACUGUCAAAUGUUUGUCUCUUAUAAAGACAGUUGAUCCCUUACUCUCUCUGAGUACAGUGUGUCUUGUAGAAAUCUACAAGUUGUUGUGAUGUAUCAUCACCUCUAGUUGGAGCUUUUAUACUUGUUGUGGCUCAUUGUGCCUUGUUGAAUAAAUAAACACUACCAGAUCAAAACUUUGUGUUUCCAUGUCAUUGUCAUUGUGA